AUGGCAGAGGACGCUUCUUCGCACCCGGCUCAACCACCACCACCACCACCACCACCCCACAUGUACCGCCCCAUCCCGCGGCGCCCAUUCAACUCCGCUGCGCGUAACGACUCGGCAGACUCGCCCUCACACGCCUAUACUCAAGCCACGCCGCCAGACACGUACGAGCCCGAGCCGAAGCCCGAGCCCAGCCGUUCCUCCGACUUCCUUGCACAGCUCAAUGCGCGUCUACUGCGGACGUAUGAUGCACGCAAUGCCGACUCAGAUGACCAGGACGGCGAUGAGAAGCCGCCUCAGCGCAACAAGAGCUUCCUGAACAUGACGAGCAGCACCCUUUUUGGCAUCUACGACGAUGAAGACAUGGGCCAUGGCACGGUGGGCGACAGCAGUGUGGCGGACACACCCUGGGGCACGGGUGCAGAGACGCCGGGACAUGCGGCCAUGGGAUUGCACGCCUGGGAGACUGGCAUGGGGAGUUCGGAUGGGCAAGGGGGUAACAGCAUCAAGAGUCGUGCCCGAGACCCUGUGAACAGCAACAAGGACACCACCCGCAAGAAGCACGCGCUGAAACACACGCGUCAAGGGCCUUGGAAAUACGCGGUCAUAACGACCAAACUGGCGGCACUCUACCUCUUUGGUGCCACAUAUGGUCUCAUUGUCUCCCAGUUGCACGAGACGAGGCCACUGGCGGCGGUGCAUGUCGAGGGAGUGGAUCGUAGAAGUCGCUUCUACCUACCGAGCUGGGGGCUUUUUGGUCUGGUCCUAGGGAGCCUUCUGCCCUAUGUCGACCUCUUCUGGGAUUCACGGCGGCCAGAAAGCGACAGAAAAGGCAAAGAGGCUGACAAGCAUGAGUCUCCCAUCAGCGAGCAAGUCAACGAUGUGGUAAGGAGUGUGGCUGCAUUUGUCGGUAUUGCAUUUGCCAUUCGCCGCCUUCCCUGGCAGUCCACCCUCCAACUCACGCUUACCCUUGCGCUUGUCAAUCCCGCGCUAUGGUACAUCCUCGACCGUUCCAAACCAGGACUGUCCUUCUCACUAAUUGUCACAUCUGUCCUCACCUCCUUCAUCUUCCUCUCCAACCCAAACGCAUUACCCUCGCCUCCAUUGCCAUCAUCAACAAACAUCACGCAAUUACCCCCGAGUCAAAGCGGCCAUGCCAGUGGAAGUCCCACAUCGACAUCUCCACCAGGCGAACUGUUCGCAGGCGUCGUCAGCUAUGAAAAUCUGGCAGUCGUGACUUGGGUGGGCAGUGUGCUCUUUUGCAGUUGCGUCUGCUUUGGGAAUAUCGGGCGCCGCUUGGGUGUCUUGGAGGGUUCCAGUGUGCAAAGAUAG